GGGGCGCGGCGUCAUGUCCGACAACGAGGACAACUUUGAUGGCGAUGACUUCGAUGACGUGGAGGAGGAUGAGGGGCUCGAUGAUCUGGAGAACGCUGAGGAGGAGGGCCAGGAGAACGUGGAGAUCCUCCCCUCGGGCGAGCGCCCGCAGGCCAACCAGAAGCGCAUCACCACGCCCUACAUGACCAAGUACGAGCGUGCCCGCGUGCUGGGCACCCGCGCCCUGCAGAUUGCGAUGUGCGCCCCCGUGAUGGUGGAGCUGGAGGGCGAGACUGACCCCUUGCUCAUCGCCAUGAAGGAGCUCAAGGCCCGCAAGAUCCCCAUCAUCAUCCGCCGAUACCUGCCGGACGGGAGCUACGAGGACUGGGGCGUGGACGAGCUCAUCAUCACCGACUGAGCCCCGCCCCGCGCCCGAAUAAACUGUUUCCU